AGGCGAAAGAACGCAGGUGGCGGUUUAAGCUCGACGGACUUCAACUGUGCUUAAGGAUUCAGUUGUAAAAGCGUCCUCUUCUAUAAUAAAAUCGCACGCAUUCACUGCACUCCUUUGUAGAGGUAGAAAAGUCAAGAAUGCAAAAACUCCUCAUCGAUAAAAUCACUCGUCGAUAAUUUCGAAAGUAGUUGCGCGAGCAUUGCGCGUUAGCAUUCUCUCUAAACUAGUCACAAUCAUAGUUCUCAGUAAAUUUUCACUCAUCAUCAUUAUUAUUAUCAUCAUCAUCAGCAUCAUCACCAUCAUCAUAAUCUUCACCAUCGUAUUCUGCAGGCCUCUAACUAAAAGAUGGAAGAGUCGCAUUCGAUACCACUGCGGGUAAUAUCGUUUUCGAAGCGAAUACCCGGAAGACUGCUCUGAUCAGCAAAGACGACCUAGAGUUAAGGCACGCUGGUGACUUCUAUUGAUUUGACCACCUAGUGGGCUUCCUAGGGUCAACUUGUUGGCGUCUAUUCCAUUGAGAAGACUACCUCGGGUCGCCGGCCACCUUAGUCACCUAGGCUACUUAGUAUUUCACCUAUCUAGUUUCUCACUCUUUUGGCUCUCAUCGUGCUUUAUUUUAUACCUUCGAUUUUUCAAAAAGAAAAAGGCUCGACGGUAGGAAAUAGAAGUCAGCAGGCAGCGUCUAACAGCGAGCUUCACGUUUUUCAAGCCCGAUUGGUUCGGAGAGAAGCUUCUUCCACAUGACGAGAGUAAUGGUACUCCAACAGACCCACCAAUUAUGCUAAGGAUGUAGAGGGUGUCCCAACAUAUGCGCCAAUCUUGCUAAGUUCUCCUCAACCAUGUUUAAGAUGCACGUAGGAGGAGUCCCUUUCAUCUAGCGGAACGCUUUUCCUCCAACUACACAGGUGAUCAACAAAGGCUGAAGAGCAUCGCGGGCAUGCUGAUACAAGCGAGGAGAACGAGCACAGGUGACGGUGGGUGUCAAU